AAACAAGUGAAAAGAAGAGCACCCAACCUGUCCCAAUCCUUGCGUGGUAGUUAGCAGUCCAAAAUCAAGUUGCAAUCAAACUCACAUCAACCGUCAGAUCAAUCAACUCCACGUAAUCUUCUCAUACAUCACACACGCACAAUCAAUCCACUCCAGAUUCCAAUCCAACAAAACUAUAAUCGUAGCCAAUAACAUGUGGUCAUCAAUGGCAUACCAAUUCCACACUACACCCACAACACAAAUUCACAAAAUCAAACCUUUUCACAUCUCCCACUACUAAAAUCCCAACUCAAAUCGCGAAAACCCCACCAUGGGAGUCGUAGAGCAAGCUCACAAUGUGAAGAUCUUAGGCUCCGGCGACCGGACGAUUGUUUUGGCUCACGGAUUCGGAACAGAUCAGUCGGUAUGGAAGCAUCUGGUUCCUCAUCUCGUUGAAGAUUACAAAGUUGUUCUGUAUGAUAACAUGGGCGCAGGAACAACAAACCCAGAAUACUUCGAUUUUGAUCGGUAUUCGAGUUUAGAAGGUUAUGCGUACGAUGUGAUCGGCAUUUUGGAGGAACUUAAAGUUUCUUCAUGUAUAUAUGUUGGUCACUCUGUAUCUGCCAUGAUUGGGGCUGUUGCUUCGAUUACUCGUCCUGAUUUGUUCUCCAAACUCCUCAUGAUUUCAGCUUCCCCAAGGUAUCUAAAUGAUGUGGAUUACUUCGGAGGAUACGAACAAGAAGAUCUGGAUCAACUAUUCCAAGCAAUGGAGUCGAAUUUCAAGGCAUGGUGUUCUGGUUUUGCGCCAUUAGCAGUUGGUGCAGAUAUGGAGUGUGUUGCAGUUCAAGAAUUUAGUCGAACGCUUUUCAAUAUGAGACCUGAUAUUGCGUUAAGUGUUGCACAAACCAUUUUCCAAAGUGAUAUGCGACAUUUAUUGUGUCAUGUCAUAACCCCAUGUCAUAUAAUUCAGAGCAUGAAGGAUCUAGCAGUUCCUGUGGUUGUAUCUGAGUAUCUUCACCAAAACCUUGGUGGUGAGUCUAUUGUUGAGGUUAUGUCGACUGAGGGUCAUCUCCCGCAGUUGAGCUCACCCGAUGUUGUAGUUCCGGUGAUCCUAAGGCAUAUUCGGGGUGAUAUUGUUGUGUAAUUAUUAUUAAACUUGUUUGUUUGAUAUAUUAUGGUUGUGUGGAUUUUAACUUGUGGAUAAAAUGGCUUUUUUUAUGGAUUUGGAAUAAUAUUGUAAUUGUGUGGGUGCACGUUUUUGUCUAUUUUGGUAUUUAAAAGUUUUUAAAAAUUUAAAAGCUUUCAACUUUUAUUUUUAUAGA